CCCUCGGUGCAUCUCUGGACGGCGGCGUGUCGCGGCGCGUGGCCGAUUCGCGCGCGUGCCUCUCUGUGAGGGGAAGCCAGCGAAGGAGGGAAACGAGGAGUCGCAGUCGCCGCGCGGGCGCGCGCAAACCAGCCAGCUAGCUCGCCCGCUCGCCUCAGCCCCGCUGCCUUUCUCUCUCCCCUCACCGCACCGCCGACCCCCUUCCUCCUCCGGCCUCCUCAGCCAUGUUGGCAGCCGCUCAGCUCCUCCGCUGCUGCGCCGCCGCCGCCGCGCCCGCCUUCCGCACCCUGGCCCCGAGGGCGUCCCCCGCAGUGGUAUUGCCUGUACGCUGCUAUUCUCAUGGGGUGCAAGAGUCAGAUGAAGAGUUCGAUGCUCGCUGGGUGACAUAUUUCAACAAACCAGAUAUUGAUGCCUGGGAGCUUAGGAAAGGUAUGAACACACUGGUUGGUUAUGACCUGGUUCCAGAACCAAAAAUCAUUGAUGCUGCUUUGAGGGCAUGCAGACGACUAAAUGACUUUGCCAGUGCAGUCCGUAUCUUAGAAGUUGUAAAGGACAAAGCAGGGCCUCACAAGGAAAUAUACCCAUAUGUUAUCCAGGAACUUAGACCAACUUUGAAUGAAUUGGGAAUCUCAACUCCAGAGGAACUUGGCCUGGACAAAGUGUAAACUUGAUUGAUGAGCUUCCGAUGGGUUUAUUGUUAAUGCUACCUGAUUGUACAACAAUUGCCUGGAUACAGACAUUAUAAUAUUACCUAUUUGAAAUUACUUCUUCCUUUUUGUUGAGUCCUGGAAUAUGUAUUGUGAAGCUGGACCUAAUAAUAAAGGGGAACUGGUUUGAACUGA